GUUUGGGGUUGUUAUCGAAUAGCACUUGCUGUAACGAACCGAGAGCGAGGCCGCCGACCCCCUCUGCUUCCUUUACCUCCUUCCUCCCCAGAUCUGAUCCAGAAGAGAGAAUUGAGUAGAUCCGCGCCGCCGGCGGCUCCCCACGCGCGUUCGCCGCCAUAGGCAUACCCGAUCUACCUCACCGCGCGCCUGCUGCCUCCGCGCCAGCCCCCUAUUUCGGACAUUCGAGGUACGAGCAUUUCGUCGUUCCAUCCCAGCGAUUAGUCAAACCCCACCGAGCUCCACGGAUUCGCGGCGCGGCGCCCGGUGAGCGCACGCCGUUCCAGAUCCGCCCCCUGAGUUGCAGGGCCUGAUCGUUGGGCCCUUGGAGAAAUCACUUGAGGUUGCGGGUCUCGGAUGCGGCCAUGAGUUUGCCGGGGAAGAAGGCCGCGGCCGGGGCUGGGGGAAUCCGGCGGUGGCUCUCCACCGCCGUGCUGUCGGCGCUGGCGCUGGUGCUGAUCCUGGUGGUGAUUUCGCUGUCGGUGGGCUCGCCCCUGCCCGGGGCGUCGCUCCCUGAAUACCCAGCUGUCAGAGCUAGUCACCCAAAGGGGAACGCUACCGCCGAUGAUGGGAGCAAGAAUGAUAUUGCCACUGGUGUUCCGUUACCAGGGAAAGAGUUGCAGGGUGGCCAGGAGCCCUUGAUUGAGCACAGCGCCCAAAAUGCUACUCUCAACUCAAGCGAGGGGUCUCUGAAUACAAGAGAGGUUGAUGACACAGUACCGGAUCCAGUUCCUGUUGACAGCAAAAUACAGGAUCCAGUAGUAGCUAUGGAUGAUACCACGCCAAAACUCAAUGAUUCUCAAAGGCCUGAUCAAGGUACCUGUGAUCUUUAUCAUGGGGAGUGGGUUUUCGAUUCAUCUGGGGCGUUGUACACAAACAACUCUUGCCCUGUCAUCACACGGAUGCAGAAUUGCCAGGGAAAUGGGCGACCGGACAAGGACUAUGAGAGUUGGAGAUGGAAACCUCAACAGUGCACCCUCCCACGCUUUGAUGGAAUUAAGUUCUUGGAGUUAAUGAGAGGCAAGACUCUUGCCUUUGUUGGGGACUCGGUUGCUCGAAAUCACAUGGAAUCUCUCCUUUGCAUUCUGUGGCAGGUAGAAACCCCAGUAGACCGUGGCAGCCGCAGGAUGAACAGGUGGAUCUUCAGGUCAACCAAAACAACUAUUAUCCGCAUCUGGUCUGCUUGGUUAGUGCACAGAUCAAUUGAAGCUGUGGGGUUUGCUCCUGAGGGUCUUGAUAAGGUUUUCCUGGAUGUAGCAGAUGAGACGUUCAUGCAAUUUAUCGCUUCUUUUGAUGUACUUGUCCUGUCAUCUGGACACUGGUUCGCCAAACGGUCAGCCUAUAUCCAGAAUGGCAAUGUUGUUGGAGGGCAGCUCUGGUGGCCUCAACAAGCUGGAAAGAUGCAGAUAAACAACGUUGGCGCAUUUGGUGUGUCAGUUGAGACUUGCCUGACUGCUUUGGCGACCCACCCAAAUUUCACAGGGAUAGCUGUUCUGCGCACAUACUCUCCAGAUCAUUAUGAAGGCGGGGCAUGGAACGCUGGUGGGUCAUGCACCGGGAAGGUUAAGCCCUUGGAUGCGGUGGUGAGGAACGGAUACACGGAUGCAAUGUAUGAGAAACAAGUUGCAGGCUUCAGAAAGGCAGUGCAGAAUUCUGGGAAACAUAGCUCCAAGUUGAAAUUGAUGGACAUCACUGAGCCCUUUGCGUUGAGAGCUGACGGGCAUCCUGGUCCAUACAGAAGUCCCGACCCAAACAAGAAGACUCAAAGAGGACCAGAUGGGAAGCCUCCACCCCAGGAUUGUCUGCAUUGGUGCAUGCCAGGACCUAUAGAUACAUGGAACGAGAUGCUGUUUGAGACCAUACGAAGCGAACUAGAGGGAGACAGCAGCAGGUGAAGAAAAACGCUUGGUCGCUACUUGCCAAUUUGCCAUUAUGUGGUAUGUCCUGCAAUGCUGCUAAAUCGUCAGUGUAUAUCAGAGUGCUUAUGAUGUUGUUGUACCACGGAUAGGAAGAACUAUAGCAAAUCUGUAGGAGUAUAUGACCACAGUUGAGAUAGGGAAUGGAAGAUAUCUUUUAGCACCUAACUCCAAUCCCUUGGCAAGAGGGAUGGAAAACAGUAUGAAAUGCACCUGUAUCUGGAGAUAUUCGCUACAUUUUUUGCCCGACACGUUGUCACACGAAAGGUUUUUAUUGCCAA